UGUGGGGGAAAUUGGAAUAUGUACUAUAAAUAGGUAGGCAAAUUGUUGGAAAGGAACAAAUAGUAAUUCACUAGCGAUCAUGACUAUCAGAAAGGUUUUUCAAGCCGGGCAAAGGUUUUUAUUACCCAAAAAAUCUUAUAUUCAAAAAUGCUACAAAUGCUUUUCCAUGGAUAUAAAUUCAACAGUGGCACUUGUGACUGGUAGCACUUCAGGAAUUGGAUUGUCCAUCGCUUCAGAACUGCUUGAACAAAAUGCAAAAGCUGUGAUCAUUAGUGGAAUCAGAGAUCAACAAGGAGAAGAAGCCGUUCGCAAGCUAAAUGACAAAUAUGGACAGAAAAGGUGUGAGUAUCUGCAUUUGGAUACGACAAACAAAAAGGAAUUUGAAGAUGCUUUCAAAUUAAUUUUUAAAAAAUAUGGCUCUCUCGAUAUACUUGUCAACAACGCUGGAAUCUUACAUGACAAGGAAUGGGAAAAGACAAUAUCCGUGAAUAUCAAUGGUGUAGUGUAUGGCGUAAUCCUUGCAAAGAAAUACAUGUCGAACAAACCGUCAGGGGCUGCAGUUGUUAAUGUAGCUUCAAUCCUCGGCAUCGAUGUCAUCCCGUACACCCCGAUAUACAACCUGAGCAAAUUCGCCAUCGUCGGCCUAACAAGAUCAUUUCAGAAUGAAGAAUAUUUUAAAAAUUCUGGUAUCAAGGUAGUUGCACUUUGCCCUGGGGUCACUGAUACUGAACUCGUAAGUUCUAAGGUGCCUAUGCUGUACGAAGAGUGGACCCCUAAAGCAUUUGACGAACUUGCUUCAUUUGUCAAACAAUCUUCUACAGUAAUAGGAAAAGCUGCAGCCUAUGUGAUCAAGCAUGGUGAAACCGGCACGUGCUGGCCAGUAGAAGGACAUGUGCUCUACAAGGCUGACUUUCCUACUCGGAAAGACAUAUCCAUAAAAAUUUCAGACCUGAAAUAAAUCCAGAAUUUUUUAAAUCUUUUAUAUGAACGUGUUAACAAUUUUGCAUAUAUUAUAAAAAGUAUGACAUACUACAUCUGUUAAUCCUUUAUUUCUAAGUAGUACCUGUGUUUUCUAUUAAAUGAUUAAUUAAUUUAUUGU